AUGUCGAUGAGCGGGCCACGCCCACCGCCGGCGACGCUGCAGACUCCAGGCUUUGCACACUACUCGGUCACCUGGUCACCUUUCCACAACACGCGUUUGGCCGUCGCAUCUGCUGCCAACUUUGGUUUGGUUGGCAAUGGCCGGCUUCAUCUGGCUUCUGUGUCCGCGAACCCGGGGGGAAUGCUGGCACUGAGCCUAGACAAACAAUUCGACACACAAGACGGAUUGUACGACGCCGCCUGGUCUGAAAUCCACGAAAAUCAGAUAGUAACUGCGUCGGGCGACGGGUCGUUAAAGCUAUGGGAUAUUAUGCUCAAUGACCACCCGAUCCGUGCAUGGCAAGAGCAUACAAAAGAAGUAUUCUCCGUCGAUUGGUCGAAUUUGAAGAAAGAUACCUUUGUAUCGUCAUCCUGGGACGGCACAGUCAAGAUAUGGACACCAGAACGACCGCGAUCGCUGAUGACCCUCAAUGCACAUCAUUCAUGCGUCUACCAAGCUCUGUUCUCUCCACAUCAACCUGACAUACUUGCGACAUGCUCGACCGAUGGAACGCUUCGAAUAUUCGACCUUCGCGCCCCUGCUUACGCUUCUGGACCCAACACAAAUAGUUUCACAAAUCCUCUUUCUGCGUCCAUGUUAACAGUACCCGCUUCGCACACCGAAAUCCUAAGCUUAGACUGGAACAAAUACCGGCCAUUUGUUUUGGCCAGUGGCGGUGUUGAUAAAUUAGUCAAAGUAUGGGACUGUAGGAUGGUUAAACCUGGAGCGGAGCCGGGCGCUGUGGGAGGCUCCUGCGAGACCCAACUGAUGGGUCAUGAAUACGCUGUAAGGAAGGUUCAAUGGAGCCCUCAUCGCGGCGAGGUAAUUGCCACCGCGAGCUAUGAUAUGUCGUGUAGGGUGUGGAACACCGCGCCGCCGGCUGGUCAGCCACAGUUAAUGUACAUCAAUGAUGCUCACACAGAGUUCGUCGUUGGAUGUAGUUGGUCUCUAUACGACCAGGGGGUAUUGGCAAGCUGUGGCUGGGAUAGCAGAUUAAAUGUGUUCCGUGUGUAA